AUGUCGAGCCCGUCUGUGAACGAAAAAAAUGGAGGGGACCUCUUUCCCCACUCACAGCACCUGCAAGACCAGUCAUCCGACUCUUCCCCAACACGCAAUGCCAGUAAGGAGGAGCGUAUGAAAUAUGAACAUCGGCGGGCCAGGAGCGGCAGUAAAAUGGAUAAGUGGUUUGGGUGGAUGCAAGAGCUGCCUGAAUGGAAGUACCGUGGCAAAGCGUUGGCUGGCAGGACACUGAACUGGUCCAUUGGUUUCAUUGCCAGCUGUGGUUUCCUCAUGUUCGGGUAUGAUCAGGGUGUACUCAGCGCUCUUCUCACGUUGGACUCCUUCCAGGAAACGUUGUCACUCAUGACGCCACGAGAGAAAUCCAACGAUCUCUGCUGGCUGGACAACCCGGAUAACACCAUUCCUCAUCCUGACCACUGCAAAGGAGAUGCCAAUACGCAGGCGGCCGGAGUCGCCAUCUAUCAGAUUGGGUGCUGGCUGGGCUCGCUGGUGAUUCUGGCGUAUGGGGAGAAAUGGGGCCGAAAGUCGUCCACCUUCUGGGGCUCGUUGAUCAUGAUCAUUGGAACUGUCAUGCAAGUCGCUUGCUUCGAGUAUGGGCUGUUUGUUGCUGGCCGUGUUGUCGGAGGCAUCGGGAACGGCAUGGUUACUUCCACUAUCCCAACAUGGCAGAGCGAAUGCGCUCGUCCUCACCAACGUGGCGUUCUUAUCAUGCUGUCGGGCGCCUUGAUCUCUGCCGGUAUCAUGAUUGCUUACUGGGUGGAUUAUGGCUUCUACUUCUUGGAAGGCUCAGUCCGCUGGCGCUUCCCUCUGAUGUUCCAAUCGUUCUUCACAAUCAUUGUCAUGAUCGGUCUACUUUAUCUUCCCGACUCUCCCCGAUGGUUGAUCAUGAAGGGUCGUCACACCGAAGCCCGCGACGUCACCGCUCGUCUAGUGGACAAGCCGGAGAAUGACCCGGCCGUCGACGAGGAACUACGCAACAUCAAAGAGGCCUUAGAAGCCCAAAGUCGAGACGGGCCCUUCAGGUAUCGGGAGUUGCUCACUAAUGGACCCUCCCAGAACUGCCGCCGAGCAGCACUGGCUAUGGUGGCGCAAUUCUUCCAGCAGAUCUGCGGUAUCAACCUGAUCACAUACUACGCCACGUUCUUGUUCGAGAACUCGCUCGGUUUCGGACCCGACAUGGCUCGAUUACUUGCUGCUUGUAACGGGACUGAGUACUUCCUCGCCUCCUUAGUAGCCUUGCCGCUCAUCGAACGAACUGGUCGCCGAAAGUUGAUGAUGAUUGGAGCCUUUGGCAUGAUGGCUUCCAUGGCCAUCCUCGCGGGGACGGUGUCCACAGGUACUACGCUGGAAAACGGUGCUCCUCAGCUUGAGACACGCUAUGGUAUCACAGCUACUGUCUUCCUAUUUGUUUUCAACUCUUUCUUCGCCAUCGGCUGGCUCGGCAUGACCUGGCUAUACCCAGCAGAAAUCACCAAUCUCCGAAUCCGCAUCCAAGCCAACGCCUUGUCCACCAGUUCGAACUGGAUGUCCAAUUUCCUGAUUGUGAUGAUUACACCUCCUGCUUUCGCGAAUCUAGGCUAUCAAACCUACAUCAUCUUUGCUGUCUUCAACGCCGCCCUGAUCCCCUGUGUCUACUUUUUCUUCCCGGAAACCAAGGGCCGCACCCUGGAGGAGUUGGACGUCGUAUUCGCUAGCGCCAGCGCACAGGGUAUCUCGCCAGUGAAGCAGAGUUCUCAAAUGCCUCAUCUGGUCGGACAGGAUCUUGACCGUGAAUUGGCCCGCUACUUUGGCAUCGGCAGUGACGAAGAGACCGUCAGAUCUACUGAGAAAGUGGAGAGCACCCACGACAACUGA